UACUCACGGCGAAAUUUCGUCCGUACAUGUAUUGCACCAGUGAAGUAUGAAGUUCUGCAACUUUUUUCGCGCGGUAAUUUGGUUUUCUCUUUAUAGCGCCUUGGAAAAUUUAUUUUAUUAAUGCGUAAUCCGUACCCAACCCUAGAAAAACUGCCUCAAUCAACGCAUUGAGUAGAGCUUCAUUUAUCGUUAAGAAGAAUAAGCAGGGUUUUCAUUGGUGUCGUAUAGAGCAUGAAGCUUUCUGGCAGGAGCGUUUUGCUUGUCUCUAAUGGCGACGCUGUUUCCUCCAACAUUGCGCUUGCUCUCGCGCAAAAUGGUUCUAGACUCGUGUUGAUGGGCGAUGAGAAUCGCCUUCGAGAAGUUGCCGGUAAGAUAGCGAACUCUGUGAUGGAUGGGGGUCGUGUUGAAGUGAUUCAGUUGGAUAUGAAUGAGGAGAGAGAGAGGGUUUUUGAUGAGGCCGUUGAUAAGGCCUGGAAGUGUCAUGGCAAAUUGGAUGCUUUUGUUAACUGUUACACUUAUGAGGGGAAACUCAGUGAGCCUCAACACCUACCAGAAGAUGAGUUUGGAAGGAUAGUUAGGAUGAACUACAUGAGUGCAUGGUUUCUUUUGAAGGCUGUUAGUAAAAGGAUGCAGCACUUUGGAGGAUCCAUUGUACUUAUGAUAUCCAUCAUUGGCAUGGAAAGAGGGCUUUAUCCUGGGGCUGCUGCUUACGGUUCUUCUUUGGCAGCUGUAAAUCACUUAGUAAGGGUAGAAAGUAACAGGUUGGGUGGGGUUGGGUCUGACCUGGACCCGACCCGUUUAGGUCCAGACAUUAGAAACAGCACUACUCAACACGGAUCUUAUAGCCUGUACUUGGUCCAGUGGAAGUACAUACUGGAUUUGGAGAAUUCAUGGAUUUUAGAAGAGGAUAUGAAGCGGAUGGAUGCAGAAGCAUGGAGAAUGUUCACAGUUGAACUGAACUCAAUGGGGUUUCAUUAA